GAAAACUUUCUUUAAAAUGCACAUGUAGGUUUUGAUAUUUGCAGUGGCUCUGAUGCAACAUGGCUGGGAAUGUCAAAAAACGGCAGAAUUGGAUUACUGACGAACUACAGGCAGAGUGAAAAAUUUAUGAAACGUGGUGCAAAACGUCGUGGGAAACUUGUUACAGACUUCCUCAAAUCUGGUGAUGCCCCUCAUAGAUACCUGGAAAAGGUGAAAGAAAGUGGAAAAGACUACAAAGGAUUCAACUUGAUAGUGGGCAAUGUUUCGCCUGGAAAUCCUAAUGAGAUGGAGUUUGGAUAUUACUGCAACCGAGAAAACGAACCGUUUGACAACUUGAAACCUGGUGUGCACGCACUUAGUAAUCGAUAUUUAGAUUACGAAUGGAAAAAAGUUAGGUUUGGAAAGGAACGAUUCCAGGAAAUUAUCAAAAGAAAAUCGUCAGUGAAAAAGAAAGCUAACUUGCUCAUUGAAAUGUUACAAGACGAAACAAAGUAUGUGUAUUUCUAACAAAUAGAUGCAAUAUAAUGUAGUACAAUCCGAUCACAUUCCUGAUCUUUUUGUAAUGUGAAGUGGUUAUUUUCUAUUUUUUAUUAUAUUUCCCUAUUGUAUUCUGAUCGUUUAAUUGGCUGUUUAUGGUCACGCGAGAUUGAAUAGAAAAUUCCAUUUCCCAAGAGUGCAAUAGAAUACAUAAUGUUUUUUUCAAAUAAUAAAUGUUUAUGAGUGCAAUGGUAAGAAUAUUUUCAUUCGGUGAAAGAUGGAAUGUUCCACUCAACUCGGCUGUCGCCUCGUUGAAUGGAACAUACCAUCUUUCACCUCAUGAAAAUAUUCUUACCAUUGCACUCAUAAACAUUCAUUAUUUGUAGUACUUAAUUUAAUACCGGCUGAAUGUGCAUUGAAAUAUCAACGUCUUGUAAACUCAACAGCUUUUCAUACUGUAGACAAUGUUCCAUUUUAUCAACGAAAGGGCUAUUGGUAAACGGCAAAAAAUAACACAGAUCGAACAAGGACGCUAUAGCACUAAUAAAAUGUGAUUUGCACAUCUCUUAUACCGUCUGUGCCUGCGUAUAGGUAGUGUUUAUGAUUAUGACUAUUCAUGCAGUGACAUAUUAGAUCACGUAUUACGCUUACUUAUUAAGGGUUAGAGACUGUUGUGAGUGUUUUGUUUACAAAUAUACGCAUGCGCAAAUCGUACAAUGAACGAGAAAUUUCAGUACUGCACGGUGCAAAGCUGCGUGCAGUAUUGAACAUUUCGAGUUCAUUAAUUGUACGAUCAGCAAGUGCGUAUAUUUGUAAACAAAACACCAGCUCUUUAACCCAUUUAAUAUAUAAUCUGAGUUCACUGCUUGCAUGCAACUUUUCGAGCACUUGUUCACACACGGAAAAUGGCGAAUAAUAUAAGUUUUUGCUUCGUUUACUGACCUCUGAAAAUACUAGAUUGCAAUGCUCCAGCUUGUUUGUCUUUUGUACUUUUAGGUAUUGCAUCCUCUAUAAUCUGACUAAUUUCUUCCUCUUCGACCCGAGCAAAUCUUGAGCCGGCAGCCUCGCUGGCAGCCAUUUUCAAUAAUGCACAUUUUUUAUGCGUUAUUGUCAAUAACGCAUUCGCAGGAUUCGUUGUUCCCAGUUAACAGAAACACACGUGAUCGAUUUUGACAAAUGACGUGCGUACAUUUUGAACAAUGAACAAAGAUUAUAUAUUAAUAUAUUAUAUACCUACUAAGCUUAUAGACUAUUUAUUUUUUACAACAAUUGUGAUAUAUAUUGCUUUCCUAAGAUCUCAGAGGUGAAAGGCGUUUGUUCCGAUGACAGCGCCAAGAAAGCCCCUAAGACAGCGCCAAGAAAGCCCCUAGGUAAAGUGACAAAAACACCAGAACAUUGUAAAUGGGUAGAGAAGCUACAAAAUAAAAAUGCAUUUAAAACUUCGAAUUUUCGAACGAAAAGCCUUCGUCGGGUAGUGAGUAACUACCGGGGAGUUGAACCUGUACCCAUCUACAGUUUCCAACACUUCUUUACCAUUUAAAGUGCAUAUGACAUGAAAUUUCUUAUUUUCUUAAACGAAAGAACUCUUUAAGCUGUAGUGUAACUUAUUUUUCAGUUUCUUGUUUUUAUCGUUUGUUCCCGAGAUAUUUCAAUUUGUUUGAUAUGUAAAUGAGUGUGAAUAUGUCUUCUAAUUUAUGACGUCAUGUUGGUUGCAAGCUCUUCAAAAUGGUUGAAUGUCACUGCUAUCGUCCAAGAUGAUAAUUUCUAACUUCACUCACUGGUAAACGUGAUGAAACACUGUAAAAAACGUGAACAGAUAUCUACAGUUUUUAGAGUUAAUAGAUUUAUAACCAGUGCAUGUAAGUUGAGCUUGCAACCAACAUGACGACAUAAAUCAGCGGACAUAUUCACACUCAUUUACAUAUCAAACAAUAUUAUUGAAAUAUCUCGGGAACAAAUCAUAAAAACAAGAAACUAAACAAUAAGUUACACCACAGUUUAAAGAGUUCUUAAAGAAAAUAAGAAAUUUCAUGUCAUAUGCACUUUAAAGUUGAUGUAAGUAAAAAAUUUCACCUAACACAAGACAAACUGCCAUAAGCAUUAAGAAUUACAAAAGAAAUGUUCACAUGCCCUUCCGACAACCAAAAAUAAAUAUACCGCGCACGAGGUAAAUCCAUGAUAAUUUUGUUGCCUAAUAUUUUGUUGUCUCUCCUUGCAGAUAUCCUGAUGAUGAGUUGUUCGUGGGACCUCAAGACGACGGAAUAUCUCAAUCUUUUCUCGAGAGUUUUACAGCUAUAUCUAUUUUAAUAACAGAGCAUCCAUCGUGUGGUACCAGGUAAAAUUACAUACUUGUGAGAACCGCAACACGGGAUCUUAAUCUAACCUUUCAGAUAAAAAUAGGCCAUGAUUGUGAUAUGAUGUCAAAUAUAGCGAUCAUUGUUUUUUUUUAAAUUUUUGUGCAAAGCAGCAAAAAUAACUUUAACAAUUUUAACCACAGAAAUACCAAUCUCUAAAAUAUAUGUAGUAGGUAUAUAAAAUUAUGUUAGUUUGCAUUCUAUGGGCUUUAUUAUAAUGUAAAACUG